AGCCGCGGCUGCGGCAGUUCAUGGGCGGGCUCCUGGGAGUUCCGCGGGUGAACACACACCGUCUGUUUCUUUUUGACCGCACCCAGACUUUGUUUCUUUGUCUGAACUGUUACUUUCUGGUCUGUGCCGUUUUGGGUGUAGCUGAGAAACGCGUGCUUGCAGAGGAGCGGGAAGGGAGGGGGCGUUGUGGUGCGACUGGGGCUGGAAGUGUAUGACCCCCGUGUCCAGGAGGAAAGGUGCGGUCGAGAGGGUUUGCCGUCUCCACAUGUCGGAGCUGAUGGAGGUCUGGCCCUGCCCACAGGGGAUGCCUCCUGCUUGCGGUCCUUCCAGGGCAUGUGCGGAUGGCGUGGCGGCCUCAGAAUAGCCGUGCUUGAGCCAGAUUACCGUGCUGGCCUACAUCGAGGAUUAGGGAGCAGGUGGCCCCAGGCCGGGACCCAGGGCAGCCCCGGGGAGUCUGCCGGCCCGCUGGGGGCCCCCAGAUGGAGCCCUGCAGGGCCAGCCCCAGGAAGGAGCAGCUGCGGCUGGCCGCACACCCUCCCAGGGAUGUCAGGACCGAGGCCGGUGGUCCUGAGUGGACCAUCAGGGGCCGGGAAGAGCACCCUGCUGAAGAGACUCUUGCAGGAGCAUGGCAGCGUCUUCGGCUUCAGCGUGUCCCACACCACGAGGGACCCGCGGCCUGGAGAAGAGAAUGGCAAAGAUUACUACUUCGUGACCAGGGAGGUGAUGCAGAGGGACAUCGCCGCGGGCGACUUCAUCGAGCACGCCGAGUUCUCGGGGAACCUGUAUGGGACUAGCAAAGCCGCUGUGCGGGCCGUGCAGGCCAUGAACCGCAUCUGCGUGCUGGACGUGGACCUGCAGGGUGUGCGGAACAUCAAGAAGACGGACCUGCGGCCCAUCUACAUCUUUGUGCAGCCGCCCUCGCUGGACGUGCUGGAGCAGCGGCUGAGGCAGCGGAACACGGAGACAGAGGAGAGCCUGGCCAAGCGGCUGGCGGCCGCUCGGGCUGACCUGGAGAGCAGCAAGGAGCAGGGCCUGUUUGACCUGGUCAUCGUCAACGACAAUCUGGACGUGGCCUUUCGGGCCCUGGAGGAGGCUCUGGCCGAGGAAAUCAAGAAGGCUCAGCGGACCAGCCGCUCCUGAGCAGGACCACCAGCUGCGUGCUCCCUGGUGGGGACUGCGCUCGCCUCGGCUAGUGCCCAGACUGCCGCGGCCAGAGGACCCUGGCCUCCCUUUACUCCUCUGUCGUGGGAGCUGCGCCAGGGUGUAAUAAAGAACUGCUGGGCAGCAGUG